AUGUCUGCCGAUUUGAACCUCUACGGCCCCCUCUCGGGACCCCCCUCCACCACUGAAGAGACCUGGCCCGGCGGGCUUCCUUUCUAUCUCGACAAUACCAUUCCUCAGGACUGUCUUUCUCUUCCUCUGUUCGACGAUAACAACUCAUGGAUGCUCAAUUCCUUCGAGCCGCCGCCCGUGUCUUGGGCGACUGGACCCGCUCUCCGAACCAACUCCACCGCUAGCUCCGAAGCCAGCUUCAUCGCGCCCUGCCAGACCGUACACAAUCCUACCACUACCAGUGAUUACGAGCAAAAAUGCUCCCCGAUGCAGAAUACCAUUCCGCAAUUCGCACCGGCACAGAUGCCUCCAGCUCCUAUGCAUGAAAUCACCUCGCGAGGUAGCAUCACGAGCGUUAGCAGCGGUGGCAGUGCCGACAGCAACCAAUCCCGGUUCAGUAUUUCCAGCUACAGCAGCAGUAACGAGAGCCCGACAUAUAGCCGUCGAGGCAGCUCCAAUCGGCCUCCCUCUCCGGGAUUUGAAGUGAACGAGCGCGAACGACGGAAACGGGAGCGCUUCCUCGAGCGCAACCGCGUGGCUGCCAACAAAUGUCGCAAGAAGAAGAAGGAGCAUGCCAAGCAGCUGGAGAGUCGCUGCGAGACAGUUUCACGGGAGAAUACGCUCCUGGAAAGCCAAGUGGAUCACCUGCGGGGCGAAAUCUUGAACCUUAAGAAUGAGCUGCUGCGACAUUCCCACUGCGGGGAUGAGAGGAUUAAGUGCCAUUUGGCGAAAAUGGUGAAGCAGCUUUCUGAUAAAGCUGGCACGACAACUCAGAGUCCGGAGAAGAAGACAGAGUCAUUACCUCCGACGGAGAGUCCCAAGCAGGAGCAGGAUAUGGCAAUGGAUCUGGAAGAUCUGGUGCAGCUGCCGGCUGCCGCGGAUGGCCUAGUGGCAGAGGGGCAAAAAGAUACCGAGUGA